AUGGAGGAGACGGAGGCGGAGGCGGAGCGGCAGUUCUCUCACCGGCAGAGGCUAAAGGCAGCAGUUCACUACACAGUCGGCCAUCUGUGCAAUGAAGUGGCCUUGGACAAACAGGUGCAGUUCAACAAGCAGACCGUGGCAGCCAUCGCGGAGGUGACUUUCCGACAGUGCGAAAAUUUUGCCAAAGACCUUGAGAUGUUUGCCAGACACGCGAAAAGAAGCACAGUUACCACUGAGGACGUGAAGCUCUUAGCCAGGCGGAGUAAUUCACUGCUAAAAUACAUCACAGAGAAAAACGAAGAGAUUGCUCAGCUCAACCUAGAGCGAAAGACCAAGAAGAAAAGGAAGCCAGAGGAUGAGAGCAGUAACUCCAGGGAGCCCGCUGCCGAAGUGGUGGACACUGAGACUUAAGUCCUGGCCACGUGGGACCCGGCGGCCUUCGCACGCGCAAGUGUGCCGCCACCACCAAGGGCAGUCAGAGGGAUAAGUAGAGGCGUCUAAAAGAACACGUGACUGGGCAGCUUUUCAUACUGCCAGUUUCAAGACAUCUGAGGGCAGCUUGGAAGAACCAGGCGCUCCUCGCCUGCAGAGUGUCCACGUGCUGUCCCUGGCACGGGCGAGGCUGGCGUCUGGAUGGCACACUGACGUGGCUGAGGCUGAUGGCUCGUGUUAGCAGUUAGACAUGCUGGGUUUGGGGUGAGCCGUCCUUCACUGCCUAGG